AUUCCAAGCCGCAAACGGUCUCUAAAAUCAUUCUUAAGGGAGGAUAAAAAAUACCUGCAGCCUCGCAUAAAACCUGCUGUUAACGAGUUAUUGAAAAAGCUAUUUCAAUGGCGGGAAGAAUCUUAAUCGGAAGUGCCGCAUUUCUCCGGCGGGCGAUUUCCACCUCAAAUCUUACCUCCUCGUUUCAAGAAAUCCACCAUGUUUCUGCUAAACCAGUUCCUACUUCCUUCAAUCAUCCCAAAAUUUCCCGCAAUCAAUCUAAUCUCCUACACAAGAUCGGGUUCACACAAUCCCAAAUCCGCGAUUUCCUUUCACAGAAUCAUCUCUUCUUGACCAAUUCCAAUUUUCAGGACAUUGAAGCUUCUCUACCGGUUCUUCUAUCCUUCAAAAUUCCCCCGAAGGAUCUCGUUUCCACGGUGAUCGACUGUCCCGCAGUUCUGGACUUGGAAUUUCUGAAGAAAUGGGAGGUAAGUUUGUCCCUAAUCGAAUUACCCAAUGUUUCUGUAUCCGUGAUUCGGAGUAUGCUGGUAUUAUCCAAACGGUUCCAGCUCGACCCGAGUAUUUUUCGUAGAACUGUAGAUUUAUUGAAACGUUUUGGGCUUAGUGAUGCUGCUGUAACUAGGGUUUUAGAGGAUUACCCUGAAAUAGUGUUCACGAACGAGGAAGAAAUCUUGCGAACGAUUGAAUUUCUGAUGGGAAUUGGAAUCCGAAAGGAUGAAAUUGAUCGAAUCAUUUGUUCGAUUCCCAGAGUUCUAGGAUUUAGGGUUGAUGGCAGAUUGAAGAGUUUGAUUUCUGAGUUCAACGAUCUGGGGUUCAAUCAAAACGUGAUUGCAAGAGAAAUUGUUAGGGAACCGAGAAUUUUAGCCACAGAAUUAGGAGAAGUUUCAAGAUGUCUCGAGUUGCUUGGACGUCUGAAAUGCAGGAACUCAAUCAAGGAGAAAAUAUUUAGAGACGGUGCUUUAAGAGCUGCAUUUGAAGUGAAACAGAGAGUUGAUUGUUUAUGUAAACAUGGGCUGAUUCGUACAAGAGCAUUUAAAUUGCUAUGGAAAGAGCCGAGGUUGGUCACUUAUGAAAUAGAGAACAUUGAAAAGAAAAUUGACUUCUUGAUCCAUAAGAUGAAAUUUGGUGUUGACAGUUUGAUUGAUGUUCCUGAAUAUCUGGGAAUAAAUUUCGAAAAACAGAUUGUUCCUCGUUACAAUGUGAUUGAAUAUUUGGAAUCAAAAGGCUGGCUUGGUUCUCAGGUUGGAUUGAGGGAAAUUAUCAAGCCUAGCAGGCUCAGGUUCUACAACCUUUUUGUUAAGCCUUAUCCAGAAUGUGGGAAGAUGUUUGGGAAAUUUGCAGGAGACAACAAAACGGAGAGCCCGAGUCGGCAUCCUAUUGGACUAUGGACGGUCUUCAAACCUCAAAGAUAUCCAGAAUCAAAAGAGGACACUAAGAACAUGAAGUCCUUCAUGGAAUCUCUCGUUUAGUGAAAGCUUGGUAAGAAGGAAGAAGAAAGGGAUCAUCUAGUUAUGGGAAGGCAGCGAAUCAAGCAGACAUAUGGAUUACUCAAAAGCACAGGCUCUGAAGCAAAUGAUGGGAACCUGAGUGACAUUUUGUCGAAUUUUAUACUGUGCAAACUGUCCUAAUAACACGGCUUGGUAAGAGCAGCAGGAGACGACCUACUGGACAGCUGGGGGUUGAGAUAUAGGUCACUCUAAUUGCCAACGGCCUCUGAUGCUGUUGAAAACGAUGGAGUCUGAACUUUGGUUUUGUUAAGCUUGCCCUUAUUGGAUGAAAACGCAUUCGAGUUUUAUUAAGCCGAUAACUUCCUCACGACAUUGUUCCUGUUAGAUCUUGUAUUUACACAGUAGCCAAUCAAUCAAAUGUAGGACACCGAAAGAAUGUGGUUGGGAUGUACGGUUGAACUUGGUAAGUUGAACCGGCUCCUAGAAUGUUUGGACAAGUUUUGAAUUCAUUUGUUCAAACAUGCUGUUAGAAAUGUGGUUUUUUAUUCAUUUGCUCUUCAAACAUGCUGAUAGUGAUAGAAAUAAGUAUCACAUUGUCCAUUUUUGUUGAAGAUCCAUUCUUUUCACAAAA